ACAAACUAAGCCGAAUGGUCAUUAUUCAUUAUCAUGCGGCAGAAAACGUCAAAGAAAUUAAGUGGGAUAUUUCUCUCAUUUUAAUCAUUACGUCCUUCUUCUUUUCUCUUCAAAUACACACAACACAGAGACACUCAAUUUACUCACAAAAUUUGUUGAAAGACAUGGGUGUUCUUGACCAUAUAUCUGAUAUGUUUGAUUGCUCCUCUGCCCACUCCAUAAACAAAAGACACAGACAAUUACAGACAGUGGAAAUAAAAGUGAAGAUGGACUGUGAAGGCUGUGAGAGGAAAGUGAGAAGGUCUGUAGAGGGAAUGAAAGGAGUUUCGUCCGUGACGAUAGAACCCAAACAGCACAAGCUCACAGUAGUAGGCUAUCUGGAUCCAGAGAAAGUUGUGUCUCGUGUAGCUCAUCGCACAGGUAAGAAGGCAGAGAUUUGGCCCUAUGUCCCAUACGACGUCGUUGCUCAUCCCUAUGCACAGGGUAUUUAUGAUAAGAAGGCUCCUGCUGGAUACGUGCGAAGAGAUGAUUACCAAAGUAACCAGCUCGCACGUGUCAGUUCCACUGAAGUUCGCUAUACUACUGCCUUUAGUGAUGAGAAUCCAGCAGCCUGUGUGGUCAUGUGAACUAAAAUACUGCUGCUGCUAUGAUUACUAUAUUAUGAAUCUUGUACCAUACAACAUUAGUACUCUGUUAUUGUUAAAUUUGUAUUGGUUUUGUGGAGUUAACUAAGUUUUGAUCAUAAUUUUCUUUUUUGUUGAAGCUAAAGUUUUAUCAUAUGGUUGUACGUAUUGUAUUGUUAAAUCGAUGAAUAUUAUGUUCUUCAAAGA